AGCAGGAUUUUUACCACACUCUACCACACUCACUGACAGCACUUCACCUGCCUUCACCUGCUGGACUUUAAACGCUGCUAUGAAUCUGUGCGCUGUUCUGCUGUUUCUCCUCGCCAGGGUCUGUGCGGAAAGUCUGGAGGGGCCAACAGCUGGCUGCACGUUUGAGGAAGACUCCGACCCCAGCCUAUGUGAAUACAGACAGGCACAGGAAGAUGAUUUUGAUUGGCAGCUUGUACGGACCUACAGCUGGCCGCACAUGACCUCUGACCUUAUACGAGGUUCCUACAUGCUGGUGAACUCUUCUCAGUAUGGUGCAGGGCAGCGGGCUCAGCUCAUGUUACGUCCGCUGAGUGAGAACGACACACACUGUGUGCAGUUCAGUUAUUUUCUGUACAGCCGUGAUGGACACAGUCCCGGGGGCCUGAGCGUGUAUGUGCGUGUAAACGGUGGCUCGCGGGGAAAUGCCGUGUGGAAUGUUUCCGGCUCUCAGGGGCGGCAGUGGCAUCAGGUGGAGUUGGCCGUCAGCACCUUCUGGCCCAGCGAGUACCAGAUCGUUUUUGAAGCCACAGUCUCAUCGGAGCGGAAGGGUUACAUCGGCCUGGACGAUAUAGUGCUGUUAAACUACCCCUGCUCACUAGAGACCCAAGAGGGUAUAGAGAGGGGGCUGGGAAGGAUUCAAUCUCCUGGCUCCUCUAAGGAACCUGAUGAUGAAGUCAUGCUUACCUACGGACUUCCCAUUCACCAGGUCAUGGUACGCAGCAAUAGCAGCAACUUGGACUUUGAGGGCUUUGCCACCGUCCCAGAGAGCGGCAGCACAGCCGAAUCUUCAUCGGACAGCUCUCCCUCCGAUGCUGAGAUCAACAUCUGGUCGGGGGGAAGGCCACUGGAUACUGCUUGUACGCUCUUUAAAGAGGGCCCAGCACGUUCCGUGGGUCGCUCUACUGGAUCGGAGGUGCAAGAGGAGUACUAUGCAUUUUUGCUUAUGUAUCACGUCGCCCUCUCUCUGUUUCAGAGGCGUAAUGGUGUUCUGAUGUCGCCAUACUCAGUGACGUCAUCAGUAGGCGAGCGUCGAUUGGUUGCGUGGUUUCAGGUGGGUGGAGCCCAGCGUGGAGAGCAGGAUCUCUACCGAUGCCUCACUCAGUCGACGUACGGAGCCGCAGUGUCAAACUUUGCUGAACUAAUCGUCAGAGUCCCGCCCACACCCAUAGCUCCGCCCCAGCUGCUGCGCUCUGGCCCCACAUACCUGAUCAUCCAGCUCAACACUAACUCUAUAGUGGGCGACGGGCCUGUGAUCCGCAGAGAGAUUGUGUACCGGGCCAGCCAUUCGCCCUGGUCUGAAACGCACGGAGUCAACUCACUGACAUAUAAAGUCUGGCACCUGGAGCCGGAUACCGAAUAUCGCAUCAGUGUUCUCCUCACACGGCCCGGAGAGGGUGGGACCGGCCCUCCUGGACCCCCGCUGGUCAGCAGAACCAAGUGUGCCGAGCCCAUGCGUCCGCUCAGGGGACUGACGGCGUCGGAGAUUCAGUCCCGUCAGCUGCUGCUGCAGUGGGAGCCGGUCGGCUACAACCUGACGCGCUGCCAUACGUACUCGCUGUCGCUCUGCUACCGCUACUCCACGGCCGCGGGGGGUGGAGCCGGCGGGAAUAACGCCACGGUGAGGGAGUGUCUGUCGGUGGAGCGGAACCCCUCCCGCUUCACGCUCCGGGACCUGCCUCCGUUCCACGCCGUUCACGUGCGGCUGGCGCUGGCCAAUCCUGAGGGCAAGAAAGAGAGCCGAGAGGUCACCUUCCAGACGGAGGAAGACAUGAAGCUGAACUCCAUCAACACUGAUCCUCCACCGUUUGCUGUUACAUCAUUUCCUCUGGGCUCACUCUCUGUUUCCGGUUUUCAGAUCAGCUACCAGAGCAUUGAAUCGUCAGAUCCCAGCAUCAACGUUCCUGGCCCACGGCGCACCGUCUCCAAACUAAAGAACGAGACGUAUCACAUGUUCUCCGGGCUUCAUCCUGGCACCACAUACCUGGUGUCUGUUCGCGCUCGCACCGCCAAGGGCUUUGGCCAGACCGCCCUGACCGAAAUCACCACCAAUAUCUCAGCACCAGCGUUUGACUAUGAAGACGUCCCCUCUCCACUGAGUGAAUCUGAGAGCACAAUAACAGUUCUCCUGCGUCCAGCCUUGGGGAGAGGAGCACCUGUUAGCGCCUAUCAUGUGGUUGUGGUGGAGGAGGACGGCUCCAGACAGGUGAGGCGGAGGGAGUUGGGUCACAUAGAGUGUUUCCCUGCUCCUUCCUCCCAUGGGGAGAGUCCGGGGGGAGGAGGAGGGGCAAGUGGUGCUCCGCCUCAUUACUACACCGCUGAACUCACGCCCAGCAGCUUGCCUGAGGCUACACCAUUCACUGUAGGGGACAACCACACCUACAACGGCUAUUGGAACACACCUCUGGACCCCAGCAAGAAUUAUCUCAUCUACUUCCAGGCCUCCAGUAACUUCAGAGGGGAGACCAGGAUCAACUGCAUUCGGAUUGCUCGUAAAGAGGCCUGUAAGGACCAUAAGCGAGCUCUGGAGGUGUCCCAGCAUGCCGAGGACAUGGGGCUGAUCCUGGGGGCCUGUGCUGGGGGGCUGGUUGUUCUCAUCCUCCUGCUGGGAGCCAUCGUGGUUGUUGUCAAGAAAGGAAGGGACAUCUAUUCGUAUCCUUACUACCCCAGGAAGAAGGUGAACAUUAAUAAAGCGGUGAUGACGUAUCGUCAGGAGAAGACGCGUAAGCUGGGGUCACUGGACUGCAGUACGACAGAGCACAGUACACUGCAACAGGACGAUCGCACGGCGCACACCUUCAUGGACUCACAUAACUGCACUGUUAGAAACGAGCAGCGCAGCACGGUGAAUGAGUCCAGCAGCCUGCUGGGUGGCUCUCCCAGAAGACACUGCAGGAGGAAAAGUUCUCCGUACCACACAGGCCAGCUCCACCCGGCCGUGAGAGUGGCAGACCUGCUCCAACACAUCAACCAGAUGAAGACAGGAGAGGGCUACGGCUUCAAGCAGGAGUAUGAGAGUUUUUUCGAUGGCUGGGACAUAAACGAAAAGAAGGACAAGACCAAGGGCCGACAUGACACCCUUCUGGGUCAAGACCGUCACCGUGUGAAAAUGCAUUCUCUCCUGGCCGAUCCUAACUCAGACUAUGUCAAUGCAAACUACAUCGAUAUUCGGAUAAACAGGGAAGUAAGGCCCAAGCAGGACAUGAUCUAUGACUUCUGGCGCAUGGUUUGGCAGGAGAACUGCUAUAGCAUCGUGAUGAUCACCAAACUGGUGGAGGUGGGGAGAGUGAGUAGAAUAAGCGUACCUCUGCCUCGGACCCUUGUGAUUAGCUCAACAGUACACUGUGCGAUCGUUCCUUGUUAUUCGUCUGUCUGCAGUAUGGGCGCUGGCCGAACCGGCUGUUACAUCGUAUUGGACGUGAUGCUGGAUAUGGCGGAGUGUGAGGGUGUGGUGGACAUUUAUAACUGUGUGAAGACGCUCUGCUCGCGACGUAUCAACAUGAUCCAGACUGAGGAGCAGUAUAUAUUCAUCCACGAUGCCAUACUAGAGGCCUGUCUGUGCGGAGAGACCGCCAUCCCCAUCAGCGAGUUUACGCUCACCUAUAAGGACAUGUUAAGUGUGGAUUCUCAGACCAACACCUCCCAACUGCGUGAAGAGUUUCAGACUCUAAACUCUGUCACCCCUCACCUGGAUGUAGAGGAGUGCAGCGUCUCUCUGCUGCCCCGCAACCGUGAGAAGAACCGGAGCAUGGACGUGCUGCCGCCCGACCGUGCGCUGGCGUUUCUAGUCUCCACCGAGGGCGACAGCAACAACUACAUAAAUGCGGCACUGAUGGACAGCUUCCUGCAGCCGGCUGCGUUCGUGGUGACCCCUCACCCCCUCCCCACCACCACCGCUGACUUCUGGAGACUGGUGUUUGACUACGGCUGUACCUCCAUCGUCAUGCUCAACCAGCUCAACCAGUCCAACUCAGCCUGGCCUUGUCUGCAGUACUGGCCUGAAACAGGCAUGCAGCAGUUUGGACCCAUGACAGUCGAGCUGCUCUCCAGAUCCACUGAUGACAACGUCGUCACUCGCCUAUUCAGAGUGACCAACAUCACACGCGACCCCAGAGAGAGCCACCCGUGUUGGAACGAUGAGUCUCGCUUCUCCAAAAAGCUGCAGGAAGGUCAUCUGGUAGUGCGACAUUUCCAGUUCUUGCGCUGGUCGGCUUAUCGUGAAAUCCCAGACUCUAAGAAGGCCUUUCUCAACCUGCUGGCACAAGUGCAGAAGUGGCUGAGGGAGUGCGGCGACGGUCGCACUGUAGUGCACUGCCUGAAUGGCGGCGGACGCAGCGGCACUUUCUGCGCUUGCACCAUGAUAAUGGAGAUGGUGCACCAUCACAACAUGGUGGACGUGUUCUACGCUGUCAAGACUCUCCGCAACUCCAAGCCCAACAUGGUGGAGUCUAUGGAGCAGUACAGAUUCUGCUAUGAGCUGGCUCUGGAGUACCUGGACUGCCUGGAGGUCAGAUAACACAAGAGCUCGAGACCCGAUCAACACCGGCUUCAACCUCUUCACCUCGCCUCCUCUGUUUCCUUCGGCUUGGGCCAGUCCAGCCCAUAUGAAUGAGCCUUUCUGUCCUCCAGUGAGAAUGCACAUCUUCAUCAAGAGUGGGAAUGCAAGACUCGGCACAUUUCUCUAACCUUCAACCUCUAUUGUCCUCCGUGCACUUUCUGUUUUGACGUUUUCGACCUCCUGUGCCAGAUAUUCCUGCCAAACCCAUGAGGGAAUCGAUGAGAUUUCAACAGUUUUGAGAUUAUGACAUACACCAUGACUGGCUCUCUGCCUUAUACACCAAGCAGGAGGAAAACACACAGGAUUUUAACGAAACCAUGUGAUGACAUGGGUGAUAUUGUGUUUGUACAUCACGUGUAUUGUUAAACUCUGUACAUUGGGGCGAUCUACUGUGCUGAUGCACCCGCUUUUACUGGAAAGCAUUCCUUGACUGUAAGGAUGUGAUGGAGCUUUUCUUUUCAUUGAAUUCCUUAAAGGUGAUGUGUAUCAUUUUUUUACAUUAAUCUCCUUUCCCAGCUUAAUGUGCAGAGACCAUAAGUGAGCCAUUGAUUCUCAUCAAAAGCGUAACACUGUGGCGCUAUCAAAACAUUGACUCAACCAAUGGUGUGAGUUAGGGGCGGGACUACCUUUUUGGCUGACCAGUGAGAAAUGUUCAGGUUCAGAUACCCACGCCACCAUGCUGAGGGGAGUGCAUGCCAGAACCAUGGUGAGC